AUGCUAAAAGAAAUCAGAAGAAUGAUUAGUAUGGAUUUUCAGGAUUCUCCUCAAGAGGAUUCUCAAGAGGAUUCUCAAGAAGAAUCUAAUCAUUUAUUUGUUCCUGAAUCAAUUGAUACUGAAGUAUAUAGUGAAGGCAAAGAACCUGAUGAAGUUGAUAAUGGAAAUUUAAUAGAACAACUGAGCAUAAAUUCACCACCCCAAGUCUUUUGGCUAGUUAAAGAUUAUGUAUUUAUUGAACUAGAUAUUGAUGAAUACAAAUCUGACACGAGUAAUUAUAGCGAAAGUGAUGAUAACAGUGAAAAUGAUGAUGCUA